CACACUGUGCAUUACAAUUUCAUAAUAGCAAAACGAACUAACUCAUACAUACUCACGUUGCAGCGAGGCACAUUGCCGUGUUUUUCAGUCAGUCUGCCUUCCUGAUUACUUGAGUGCGGAUCUCGGUCGUCUCUCACUCUCUGCGAGUGCGAUUUUUGCAGAAUAUUUUUUUUUUUUUUAUUAAAUAAAAAACAUUAAAAUAAUAUGUUACUCUCAAAUAUGACACGAAAAUUAUUGUCAAUAUUUGUCUUUGGCAUUUGUAAUAUUGUCAUUGUGAAAUCAGUGAAUCCUGCGACAACAAUUAUUGGUGGAAUUACAAAUGUUGCCACAAGUGCGACAAAUUUCCUAUACAAAGAAGGAUCAGAUAUAAUGAGAUUCUUGGAAAGGGCUGUGGAUAAACCGAAGAGUAUUAUUCUGAAUGCAACGAGAGUGACGACAGAUUUAAUCGACAGUGCCGCGUCAAAAGGAUUUGAAUUUAAACUGAGGAGAUUUCUGGAAAAAUUUCGCUCGAGAAUGCCCUAUGGAAUACCAGAUCUUGGAAUUCCCCCUCUGGAACCACUCACGAUUGAGGAGGCGGUUUUUGUAACGAGAAAUCCGGAAAUAGGAAAGGUGAAAUUAGAAUUGAAGGACGUGGAGAUCGAUCAUCUGUCGACGUUCCUCGUCGAUCGCGCCAGACUAUCGCUGAUAGGACCAACAAUAGCUGUCAAUAUAACAGUGCCGACAAUUUACACUCACGGCGACUACAAUUUAUCGGGAAUAUUGGGGAAUAUGUUCCCCCUCAAGGGCUCUGGACCAUUUCAAGUUGUCAUUUACGGAUUUAAGGCCUAUGUGCACACUGUUCUCGGCUACUCACGAGGAAUGUACAUGAAGAGCUUCGAACUCGAUUUUUCCCUCGAGGCCAUUGAUCUUGCACUUGAAAAUUUAAUGGGAGAUGAGAAAGUCAGCAAAGUCAUGAACGAGGUCAUAAGGGAAAUUGCACCGGAAGCUGUGGAACUAAUAAAACCGGAGAUUUUGCCAAAAAUUCAAGACUUCAUUGCAGCCCAGGCGAACGACACAAUUUAUCAUUUAACAAUGCGAGAGAUAUUAAAUGUCCUUCUAGGUGAAACUGAAGUUCGCGAUUUUAUAGUUCUUCCAUAAAAAUAAUUCUAGUUCCUUUUUUUAAAAUAUAAAAUGCCAAAAAAAAUUUGGAUAUAUUUAUAAUGUAAUAUUAAAAACUUGACACCCAACUACGAUUUAAAGAAAAAAAAAAUAGUAAUCAAUUUUCAGUUGUUAGUGACAUGCCAAAGUGAUUUUUACGCAUAAUUUUGUCGAGUAUUUGAAGCACAUUUAGAUAUCAAGUGCCAUUCCUUUAUGUUU